UUUUUAAAGUUAUCAAGGAAUUUGGGUCACACUCAUUUGAUGAUACAGUUUUUUUGUUUAUGAUAUUGGUGAAGAAAUCUUGAAGCUUUUCUAUUGUGGAUACCCGAGAUUUGUUUUGGGUACAUCAAUCUUCCAUCAAAACACACACAUUUUAGUAGCUUUUGCAUCAUUUGUCUUAACUUUCACUGUUGAAACUUAAGCUGCCAAUUGUGCUACCAGAAGCCGAGUUUCUCUGUAUAAUAGCAGCACUGCAGCAGUUUUUUUUAUAUAGUUUUCGGUACUUUUCGGUAUUUGGUGCCAGAAUGAUGCAUUUUUGUAAAGUUGUAAAUUUGUGAUGUAUGUUGUGUUCCGUUGGAAAUUGUUUAUAAUGUGGUGAAGUGCAUGUAAAUGUUUGCUUUUGUUGAUGCUGACGGUACAAAGAGUAACAUUGUCACGAUGGACCGGAGGUAGAAUAAAUAAGGCCGCGAAUAAAGUGAUGGAUAAUGAAGUGAAUGAGAUUAAUGAUAUUGAUAGAGCACGGCUACAGAACAAAGAGGAUGUUAAUGUUCAUGAAAACAAACCUGACUCAUUUCCAAAUUUCUUGGAUGGUAAUAACAAUGCUUGGGUCAGUACAUCAGAACGUGCAUGCACCAGUCCACUUUGUUCAGAGUCUCCCGGGGUCAUGGUUGAAGAAUUAACAAUAAGAAAUUUAAAUAGCGGGAAGUUAGAAAUAGUCGGUGCAUCCAAUCCUGGUGCUAGGGACGAUUCCGACUCUCUUUCUUUCUCAGAAUUUCUAGACAAAAAACAAGAAGACCGAAAUAAAAAUGAAACAGCUGACAAUUUGUCACUAGAAGAAAGACAAUUGUCUCCUGGAGGUAUUCGAACAAAGAUUCUUUCAAAAUCCGGGUUUUCUGAGUUUUUUGUGAAAAACACACUAAAGGGUAAAGGUGUUGUUUUCAGAGGUCCAGCUCAAGACGGGGCCGGUGUUCAAAUUCGUGGUCAAAGUGAUUCUCGGGACAUUCCCAUUCCCGAGCCUAGGACUAGUGUUUCUUCUCACAGUGAAGGUAUAAGUUUGAGAGAAUGGCUGAAUGGUGGCAGGAAUAAUGUUGAUAAAUCAAGAAGCCUCUAUAUUUUCAAGCAGAUAUUAGAUUUGGUGGAUUCAUCACAUUCUCAAGGGGUGGCCUUACAAGCUUUAAGACCAUCAUGCUUUAGAUUGUUACCAUCAAAUAAUGUUUUGUUCCUUGGUUCACCUGCUCAGAAAGAAGUCCCAGAAAUACAUCAUUUGGAUAACCGAGAUGGCAAAAAGAGAAAAUAUGGGGAAAACUGGAAAUCUUUUGGCAGGUGGCCACAGUUCCCAAAUCGUUCUGGUUCAGUCCAUGGAACUUCACAUAGCGUCAAACGCCAAAUUGGUGGUCCACGAGCUUCUGGUCAUGGAUCUGAUGAAGAGAAUGUUGUUAGUGGUGGUAAUUUGCUAGAAGAGCAGUGGUAUGCUAGUCCCGAGGAACUUAGAGAGAGGAGCUCUACAUUGUCGUCAAAUAUAUAUGCUUUGGGGGUUCUUCUUUUUGAGCUUCUUGGAUCAUUUCAAUCUACGAGAGAACAUGCAGUUGCAAUGAUGCAUUUACGCCAAAGGAUCCUUCCUCCUAGUUUCCUUUCCGAAAAUCCUAAGGAAGCUGGAUACUGUCUUUGGCUGCUACAUCCCGAGGCACCGGCACGGCCAACAACUAGGGAUAUUUUAAAAUCCAAGCUUGUAAGUGAAAUAGUAGACAUAUCGGCAGACAAGCUGUUAGCAUCCAUUGCUCAAGAGGAUAUUGAUUCGGAUUUAUUAUUGCAUUUUCUAGAGUCUUUACAAGAACACAAGCAAAAAUGUGCCACAAAAUUGUUCAAAGAUAUUAAUUGCAUAGAAUCCGAUAUCACAGAGAUUGAGUCAAGACGUUCAAUUAAUAUGACGGUUGAUGCUAAUAAUACAAUAUCUCCCUUGUCGACUAUCGUUAAAUCAAAUUUAGUAAAAAGCAAUUUAGAACAUCUUGAAAGUGCUUACUUUUUGGUGAGAUCCAGCAUUGAGGUUCCUGUGAGUGAUGCAAUGGUUAUUUCUGAUCACAAAGUUUUAACAAGUCGAGAAAGUUAUAAGGGGACACAACAUGUUGAGGCAGGAAAAGAACCAGUUGAUCGUCUCGGGAUAUUUUUCAAUGGUUUGUGCAAGUAUGCCCGAUUUAGUAAGUUUGAAGUGCGUGGUAAUUUAAGGAGCGGUGAUUUUAGCAGUUCUGCUAAUGUCAUAUGUUCUCUUGGUUUUGAUCGGGAUGAGGAUUACUUUGCAACUGCUGGAGUGUCGAAGAAAAUUAAAGUAUAUGAUUAUCAUUUGCUAUUGGAUGACUCGGUUGACAUUCAUUAUCCUGCUGUUGAGAUGCCAAAUAACUCGAAACUUACAUGCAUUUGUUGGAAUAGUUAUAUCAAGAAUUAUCUUGCUUCUACAGACUACGAUGGCAUAGUAAAGUUAUGGGAUAUAGGAAGUGGUCAAACAGUUUCUCAUCACAUCGAGCAUGAAAGGAGAGCAUGGUCAGUUGAUUUUUCCAAAGUGGAUCCUACAAAGUUAGCAAGUGGAAGUGAUGAUUGUUAUGUGAAACUUUGGAGCAUUAAUGAGAAGAACAGUUUAUCAACAAUCAGAACCAUUGCAAAUGUUUGUUGUGUUCAGUUCUCUCCUUACUCUGCUCAUUUGCUAUCUUUUGGCUCUUCUGAUUACCGGACUUAUUGCUACGAUAUGCGAAAUAUUUCCACCCCGUUGUGUAUACUGGCCGGUCAUGACAGAGCUGUUAGCUAUGUGAAAUUCUUGGAUGCUGAAACCAUUGCUUCUGCAUCCACUGAUAACACGCUAAAGCUUUGGGAUCUAAAGAAAGCCAGUUUUGGUUGCUUAUCGACCGACGCUUGCGUCUUAACAUAUAAGGGGCACACGAACGAGAAGAAUUUUGUUGGUUUGUCUGUUGCUGAUGGAUACAUUGCAUGCGGUUCAGAAACGAACGAGGUUUUCGCCUAUUACCGAUCACUGCCCAUGCCAAUUACCUCUCACAAGUUUGGCUCAAUUGAUCCAGUUUCUGGCAAAGAAACUGACCAUGCAAACAACCAGUUUGUUUCAAGUGUGUGUUGGCGGCAGAAAUCGGACAUGGUAAUUGCCGCCAACUCUAGCGGCUGCCUGAAGUUAUUACAAAUGGUUUAAGCCAAUUGCAGCCAAAAGUGUAUAUAGUGGUCGAGACUAAAAGUAAACGUUCAAUUCUGAUAGGUGCAGCCUCAGGCUAACCCGAUCACAUGUACAUUGAGACAAGGUCCAGAAUUUUGCAGAUUUUUCCAAUACCCUAAAAAGCGGCACUGAUAGAGUGGUUAUAUGUGCAUACUGCAUAAUCUUUUUUUUUUCUAUAUAUGAAAUUUGCAAGUAAAGUUCUUAUAUGUAAGUUAUGAUAGAUGUUUAUAAGUAUACCAGAUAGCUUUCAAAUGAGAAAAGGUUCUGUUUUUGCA